AUGGAGCCAGCCACUUGUGAAGUUGACAACUUACCACCUGGGGAUAGGGUGAAGAUGCGGCUGGAGUGCAGCUUUGACUUCCCCUGUGAGCUGGAGUACUCCCCUCCACUGCAUGACCUCGGGAACCAGAGCUGGUCCUGGCGCCGUGUCCCCUCGGAGGAGGCCUCCCAGAUGGACCUGCUGGACGGGCCCGAGGCAGAGCAUUCCAAGGAGAUGCCCAGAGGCUCCUUCCUCCUCCUCAACACCUCAGCAAACUCCAAGCAUACCAUCUUGAGCCCGUGGAUGAGGAGCAGCAGUGAGCACUGCAGGCUGGCCGUCUCCGUGCACAGGCACCUGCAGCCUUCCGGGAGGUACGUCGCCCAGCUGCUGCCCCACAACGAGGCUGGAAGAGAGAUCCUCCUGGUACCCACUCCGGGGAAGCAUGGCUGGACGGUGCUGCAGGGAAGAAUUGGGCGCCCAGAGAACCCGUUCCGAGUGGCCCUGGAGUACAUCUCAAGUGGAAACCGAAGCUUGUCUGCAGUGGACUUCUUUGCCCUGAAGAACUGCAGUGAAGGGACAUCCCCGGGCUCCAAGAUGGCCUUGCAGAGUUCCUUCACUUGCUGGAACGGGACAGUCCUCCAGCUCGGCCAGGCCUGCGACUUCCACUGGGACUGCGCCCAGGGAGAAGACGAGGACCAGCUCUGCAGUAAGCUCCCUGCUGGUUUCUACUGCAGUUUCGAGGAUGGCUUCUGUGGCUGGUCCCAAGGAACACUCUCACCCCACGCGCCCCAGUGGCAGGUCAAGACCCUAAAGGAGGCCCGGUUCCAGGACCGCCAAGGCCACGCCCUGUUGCUCAACACCACUGAGGUCCCCACUUCUGCGAGUGCUACCGUGACCAGCUCCACGUUUCCCGCACCGAUGAAGAACUCUCCGUGCGAGUUGCAGUCACUUGUAACAUGUAGUAAAUACAGAUUCUUGGACGCCACCCUGGGCUCCCUGAACGGCAUCACUGAGCAGAGCUCAGACUCUGCAUUUUCAAGCCCCACCUCCAUGAUGUGGAUGCAAACUGAAACUUGA